AUGGCUAAAAAUCAAUAACUGGUUAAUCUGGCAAAACAUAAUAGAAAUCACAAGAAAAAAAGAUCUCAAGCUUAAGCUACAUAAGGUCAAAGCAUAUUUUGGCAACAAGUAUAACAACAAGCAGAUCAGCUUGCUAAACAAGCAACUCAACUACUGGCAAUUGUGUGGGCACCUAUCAAAUGGCAAACACAUUUAG